AUGCAUCUAACGUCCCUUCUCCUCCUUAUCCCCGCCGUCGCAGCUAGCUGCUUCCACAACACCCCUCUCGCCCGGCGUGCAACCGCCCCCAGCUUCGGGUAUACUGCCACGCGAGGCCCAUUGAACUGGUAUGGGCUCGACCCGAAUGCCAAUGCCGCUUGCGCAACAGGGACACACCAGUCCCCAAUCAUGAUCGGCAGCACUCAGAUCUCGAAAGUCGAUAACAGCACCAUCACCCUCUUUAUCCCUACGGUUUCCGAUCUCGAGUUCGAGAACCUCGGCACCACUAUCGAAGUGCCCUUGACGAAUGGCACGCUCGUCGUGAGGAACAAUACUUACACCCUGGCUCAGUUCCACUUCCAUACCCCUUCCGAGCACCGUAUCGAUGAGGAGCAUUUCCCCAUGGAAGCCCAUUUUGUGUUUUCGGAUGAGGAUGGAAACAUCGCCGUGGUGGGUUACCUCAUCCAACUCACCUCCACAAAGGAUCACAGCACACCCCUGCUGAACACCAUAUUCGAGGACGUCGAUGAGAUCUCCGAGCCGGGAAGCUCCACCGAGCUCGGAUUGCUGGACUUCAGCAGUGUCACGAGACAUUUCACGAACAACGAUAUCUACACAUACUCUGGGUCGUUGACUACCCGCCCUGCACCGAGGGUGUAG